AUGGGAGUUCAGGGAGAAUGGACAUCUCUUAGUGGGAUAUACACAGCUGAGGAAGCAGAUAUCAUGGCUCAGUUGCUUAACAAUUUUUCAGUUCCGAACGAGCAAGACGGGGAUUCAAGCAUCGGAUCCCUACAAACUGCUUCUUGGCCUGGCCAUGAAUUAACAAUGGACAUGGCUUCAGGCAAUAAUGAAGGUUCAAAUUGUACUUUGGAAAUUACUAAUUCUAAUUUGUACAGUUUCUCAUCACAAGGAAGUAGUAGUUAUAAAUAUAAUACUACUAAUGGUAGUAGUAUUCUUUAUCCCACUCCUCACAAAAUGUUGGUAACAAACAACAAUUGCUCUACUGCUUCUACAUCUAUUGAUUUCUGCAUGGGAUUGGGGGAUUUGCAAUUCACAAAUUCCUAUCUCAUUGGAUCAGGCACUGAUCAUUAUUGCUUGAACCAAUUAGGAAUGAGCAGUGACGGAGACAGGGAAGAAGAUUAUGGUAAUUCAGACAAGCCUGAAUCUGUCAUCCCACAACAAAAUUUGCAGGUUGAAAAGAAAAGUGACAUGACAGAAUCAGAACACCUAAUGGAAGUCAAGGUCACCACCCCAUCUACGAAAAGAUCUCGAACUUCAUCAGAAAAUGUCCAAUCCGACAAGGCUAAAACAAAGUCAAAGAAGAGCAAGAAACUAGUCUCAACUAGCAAGAAUAUUGAAGAAGAGAGCCUUAAUGGUGAUCAGAAUGGACAGAGUUUAAGCAGUUGUUCCUCAGGAGAUGACUCCAAUGCCUCACAAGACCCGAGUAGAUCAGGAGGGGUAACAUCAAGUACUUUGAGUCUAAAUGAAUCUGUACCUCUCAAUUCGACUGGAAAAACAAGAGCAAGAAGAGGAUCAGCUACUGAUCCUCAAAGCCUCUAUGCAAGGAAAAGAAGAGAGAGGAUAAAUGAGAGGCUGAAAAUCCUACAAAACCUUGUUCCUAAUGGGACAAAGGUUGAUAUUAGCACAAUGCUUGAGGAAGCUGUCCAAUAUGUAAAAUUCUUACAACUCCAAAUUAAGCUGUUGAGCUCUGAUGAUCUGUGGAUGUACGCUCCCAUUGCUUACAAUGGAAAAGACAUUGGACUUGAUCUGAAGCUUACAUUGGCAAAGGAAUAGUAGAAGACAAAGAAGUUGGAAUUGCGCUUCAUUUUUCUGUUAAAAAUAUUCUUCUACUUAUUUAUAUAUAUAGCCGUUUAUAUGGUAAACUCUACGUAAUUUUGAUUAUGUAAAAAUCUUCGAAAGUAAUUAUCCAAGUUUGUCCAUUUUAAUUAAUCUAAUACAAUGGAACCGAUAAGCAGAAAC